CAAGACCCAGCGCCUAUCGAUAUCGAGGUGAGGUGGUUGAAAAGUAUCUCGCGGUGUUGACUUCAAAAAACGUUGAAAAUCUGAAUAAAAGGCCCGCCGAACGGCCCACGGUCUAGCCAUGUCCACCGACCCCGACCCGAUGGACGGCGAGGGCGGCAAGUGCACCCAGCCCGACGCCCAGAGUCCCGCUGACAAGGAAUCCCCCGCCGAGGAUGCCCUCCCAGUGGACGCAACUGGGGAUUCCGAGCCCACGGCUUCCAGUCCGCCCGCUUCCGCUGCAGCCGCCUCCUGCCCGCGCCCCGACGCGCAGAAGGACUCCACGGACAUGGACAUUGACAACGAUCUGACCACCAACGAGCGCAUGCCCACGAUGGACGAGCUGGAGCAGCCGAAGGAGGACAAACCACAGCCGCCAGAGGUGAAGGAGGAGCAGGCCCAGGGGCAGGCGCAGGUCCAGGACGUGGACGUGGACGAAGAGAAGCCCCUGGAACAGCCAACCGCCCGGCCGCCCAGCCCGCCGCCCGCCAUUAAGAUCGAGGACGAUGACAAGCCACUGAAGUCCCAGGAGGAGAUCCCACCCAGUUCGCCGGAGGCCCCGCUCAAUCCCAGUCCUCGCCCGGCGGGCAAGAUCACCCGCAGCAGUCUGAACGGCACCGGCCACCAGGUGAACACGCGCACGCCGGCCAUAAUGAAGCGCCUGCGGAAGAGCACGCGCUUUAAGGCCAAGCAGACGGGCAAGGGCGCGCACGGCGGCGGCGGCGGCAGCAAUAGCCAGUCGAAUGGCCACAGCCACGGGCCGAACGGCUCCGCCGGCAGCUCCACCCACCUCGCCAGCGCUGGCGCGCACCCCAGCAACAGCAACAAGCACGGCAAGUCCGGGCCGGCUGGCGGGCCGGGCGGCGGGGCCCCGGGGUCACGGAGCCGCCGCACGCUGUUCAAGCGACCCGCGCAGAAGACGCCCAAGGUGCAGGCCUGCACCCGGUUCGUGAAGAGCGUGUUCUACAAGGGCAGCUACAUGCAGAUCGGCGACAUCGUCAGCAUCGUGGACGGGGAGCAGAAUCUGUACUACGCCCAGGUGCGCGGGCUGCUGGUGGACGCCUACUGCGAGAAGUCCGCCUUCCUCACCUGGCUGAUACCCACGCAGGACAGCCCGGACCCCCAGGAGGGAUUCGACCCGGCCACCUAUCUGAUUGGACCCGACGAGGAGCUGUCGCGGAAGCUCUGCUACCUGGAGUUCGUGAUGCACGCGCCCAGCAACUACUACUUCGACCGGAGCACGCCCUUUCCCCUGCCGGAUGUGGACGAGUACACCGCCCAGCGGGCGGGCGGGUACAUCUGGACGCGGCUGCCCGUGGUGAAGCGGGAAAGGGGCAGUGGCCACAAGGCGGGCGGCGCCUCCUAGCAGGAGCGGCGGGCCAGGGGCAAGAUGAAGAAGAGGGCCCGAGCCAGGGGCCUGAAUUUGAAUAACCUAAUUUAUUAAGCGAAAACCAUGGAGUGUGUAUGAGGAAUAAAUGUCUUACUUGUAAACUUGCAUUGUACAGAGCCACACACUGCAGGACUUCAAACACUGCUUCCCAAUACUCAAAGUCAGCCAGUUUUGAUGCGUAUUCUAUAAGGAAUCUAGAAAUAUAGUAAGCACACGGAAAUAUCC